GUCAGCGCCAACGGUUCGAUGAUAAUGCGACGCUCUCUGAGCGGCGCGCAACGUGGCAUCGAGGGCGUCACGUCACUGCAACUUGGAACUCGACCAUCGAACUUAAGCCGAACUUAAGGGGUGAUGGGCCAACUUCAACAUACGGUACCAAUCAGCGCAUUUUUAGCUCAUUUUUAUUGCCAUCCAUUUGCAUCUAGACAAAAUAUGGUUCCGGUUACCUCCCGAGACGAUGAGAACAGGCAGCAGCCAACGCACACCAAGAUGCCACCGCGCUACAUGCGGCCCACGUUCUCGUCUAUCCUGCCUGAGUAUGCCAACUCUGAGGCUGACCAGAUCCGCAAUGCCUUCGGAGCUGGAAACUACGCCAACAUCCAAAAAAUGCCCGCCCGCCUGCGAAACAACACCGUGAACCAGGCGCGAUUCGAGAAGAUGAACGAGAACCGACUCACGCAGCACAAGAUGGGCAAGAACGCCACCAAGAACGGGUUCUUCAAUAAGUUCGAGUACACGUCGUCGCGUUUCAGCAUUGUGGACGGACAGGCACAUAUGGAGAGACUUCGCUCUGAGGCUAAGCGCACCGAGAUCAGUGGCCAAGACUUCGUGAGUGGCAGCGCGGCCGUGCGGCUCAAGCACGAGGACGCCUUUGGAGCUACGAACUUCCGAUACCCACACAUGCACGAACCCUACCCGGACAAUAUGGAGGAGAGGAAGCACAAGCGCUAUCUUGAAGAGAAGAAAAUAUUGCACGGAGCCUUUGUGCCGUCUGGACAGCGACCUCCAGUGGACGCUGUCACACGGAAGCUUAUCCCACAACUGAUCCAGGAGAUGCACGAAGUCAUCGCUGCAGACUGGCAGGGUCUCGACUUCUCCAUUGCUCCUGCUCGAGACGAGAACAUUGUGGUGCGCUUCAACGACGUCUCCAUUGAGUGCGAGAACGGAGUCGUCGCGUACAUGAACGUAUUUUGCAAAGCGAAUAGGGUGGCGUGCAAAUACGGAUUGUGCAAGGUUGCGGAGGACUGGAAUGCGAAGCCUGGCGAUGGUGGACUCUACUUCGCUUUCCGCCCACCUUGGGUCAAAAACCGAUCCAAGGAUCUCAUUGUCUUCGUCAAUAACUCGAGCAGUUCAUCUAAAGCUCGAGAUAAUCAGUAAAGCUUUCGUUUCUUAAUGCAGACAUUACUUAUCGAUCACGAAAAUUGGGCAAAAUACAGCAUCCCUCUAUGUUUGCUUGG